AUGGAGAGGAAUUGGGUAUUGCCCUCGAACUUGGACUUUACGGCCUGUCGGGAAGACUUAAAACUACCAAGUCUCGAGGAUAUGCGUGUUUACUGGCACACUAAAAUGCUGGCUGCACAGCGAUACAUGGCUGUCAUGAACGAAGGUUUCAGUCUCGUGCUCCACUUGAACAAUGAUCGAUAUGCAGACGAGCUAGAAGCAAACAUCAGAAAGAAUUUCAGCACUUUACAGCCACGUGCUCUUGACAGCUUGGAGAACCCUGGCUUGAGUUGGACCGAUCUUAUCAGAGAAACCAACGAAGCUUCCUUCACCCAGGUCGACAAAGGAGUGUUUUCGUGUUGUGUUCGCAAUCACAGAUUUAAAAUGACCGCUGAGGAUCGCAAACAAGUUUGCCGUUACCACUCCAUCUCACUUGUGCAUCAAAUACCGGAACAAAAACAUGUUUGUAUCGAGAGAGAUACCAUUUCUGAGCUCCGCACUUUGAUUGUGGACUGUAAAAAAGAUCGAGAAGAGGGUAGGUCUCCUGGAAAGACAAUAUUUAUUCAGAUGAAGAUUAACCUGAACAGCGGCUAA